UGCUCUCGCUAUUCGGGGGGCCCGAGGGAGGCUCCAGCCUUGGCGUGCCUAAUCUGGCAGUGAGCCGUCAAUCACAACGGGGCGAGACGUCAGAGCCAAUAUUUAGUUUGGAAGGCAGGCAGGCUCGAAGAUAAAUUGCGCUGUUAGCGAUCCGGAGAAGACAAAGGAUAAGCCUCUUAGCAGAAGGAACCGCAGAGCUAGACUGAGGGGAAGGCAGGCAGGAUGAAGACGACAGCCCUCGCACUGUUUAUGGGAGCUCUUCUCUCCCUCGCCUCCACCCAGCAGGCCGAUCCGGAGGAGCCCAUCCCCGCGGAGGAAGAGGAAGUGGAGAUAUUCACCACCCCCGCCACUCAGAUGGCAGCUGCUGCCUCCAACUUCGGCUUCAAUCUGUACCGUCAGCUGGCGUACCACGACCCUAAGGCCAACGUGUUCCUGUCUCCCCUGAGCAUCGCUGGCGCGCUCACACAGCUGUCUCUGGGUGGCUCCCCCAGGACGGAACAGCAGCUCUACAGGGUGCUCCAAUACCACCACCUGAUGGACCCCCAUCUGCACAGCACCCUGAAAGACCUGCUGGCCAGUGUUAACACGCCCAGCAAGGGAUUAAGCAUGGCUUCACGAGUCUACAUCGACAGGAAGCUGCGUCUGAAGGAGGAUUACCUGAACGCGGUGGAGAAGGAAUACGGCGUGCGGCCCAAGGCACUGAUAGGCAGCCCCCGUGCCGACCUGAAGGAGGUGAACGACUGGGUGCGCCAGCAGACGGGAGGGAAAAUCGCCCACUUCCUGUCCGCGAGCCUCCCACGCAACAUGGGCGUCCUGCCGCUGGGCGCCGCGCACUUCAGAGGUCAGUGGGUCAGUCGGCUCCAGAAAGGGAGACCCGAGCCCUUCCAGGUGGACAGCUGGACCUCAAUCCAAGUGCCCAUGAUGAGCGAGACCAAGUACCCGGUCAAGCUGGGCAUCGAGAGUGACCUCAACUGCAAGAUCACUCAGGUGCCGAUGCAGGGUGAUGUCAGCAUGCUGCUCUUCCUUCCCAAUGAGGUCAGUCAGAACCUGACCCUGAUUGAGGAGAGCUUGACCGCCGAGUUCAUCCACGACGUGGUCAGCGUGCUGCAGCCCGUGGACAUGGACCUGUCCCUGCCAGCGCUCAGCCUGAGCUCUGAGAACAACCUGCUCCCCCAGCUCCUUGACAUGGGGCUGGCCCAGUUGGCGUCGCAGCCGGAGCUGGUGAAGAUCUCUACCCUGCCUGGCAAGGUGAACACCGUGCAUCACAAAGUGUCCCUGGAGGUGAUGGAGGAGGGGGGUCAGGCCGCGAGAAGCAGCCCCUCUGGGAGGGGUCAGUCCUUGGAUCUGUCCUUCCACGUGAACCGGCCCUUCAUCUUCCUUGUGCGGGACGACACUUCAGGAGCCAUCCUCUUCAUCGGCAGGGUCAUGGACCCCCGCAAACUCAAGCGCAACUGAGACCCCGACACACAAACACACCGCGCGCACAGCAGCAGCUAGACAGUUUCACAGAAACACAUUUACUGAGGCGCAACACACAAAGGGACAGCUGCAACACGCUGACAUUAUUGCUUUUAGUAAACAUACUGUAUGAAGUUUCUAGUCUGCCCUUCUUCUCCCACAUUAUAUAUAUAUAUAUAUAUAUAUUAUGCACAAGUAUUGCUAAAGGGUUUUUUUUUUUUCCUACAUCGAGUACGUAUUUUUCUCUCUAAAAUACCCCUCCCCUUCUUCUCAUGAAAUGACUCCCAAGCCAACACAACUAAAACGCAGACUAUUGAUUAUUUGGGCUAUCCUGUUUUUUUUUUUUCCUCAAAUUAUUAUUAAACAGUAUUAAACCUGCUGGAAGUUCUUCUAAACUAAAAUGAAACAAGGAUUGGCUGCUGUGUUCUUGUUAACUGGCAUUUUUGUAACAGAGUUCCUAAUAAAGACGCAGGGUCCUUUGUUACAAUGUG